GCCGACUUUGAUUCGGCAGGUUCCAAAUCAGGUUUACCUUGAAAACGACGAAAUUUGGGGGACAGUGAUCAAGACGAAAUUGCAGGCAAAGCGGUAUGCGGGUCUCAUGCUCACAGACUUGUGGACGAUGAGCGGAAUCGAUGCGAGGUCGGAUGCUCAGGUUGCGCUGGACUUCUUGGCUCAAGUUUUCGG